AUGCGCGUCUGCUCGCAGCUCAGCUCCUCGAAGCGCACGGACACUACCCCUGCCACCGGCACUGCCCCCCGCUACCAGCACUACCCCUGCCAACAGCACUGCCCGCCGCUACCAGCACAACCCCUGCCACCGGCACUGCCCCCCGCUACCAGCACUACCCCUGCCAACGGCACUGCCCCCCGCUACCAGCACAACCCCUGCCACCGGCACUGCCCGCCGCUACCAGCACAACCCCUGCCACCGGCACUGCCCCCCGCUACCAGCACUACCCCUGCCAACGGCACUGCCCCCCGCUACCAGCACUACCCCUGCCAACAGCACUGCCCCCCGCUACCAGCACUACCCCUGCCAACAGCACUGCCCCCCACUACCAGCACAACCCCUGCCAACAGCACUGCCCCCCACUACCAGCACUACCCCUGCCACUGGCACUGCCCCCCGCUACCAGCACAACCCCUGCCACCGGCACUGCCCCCCGCUACCAGCACUACCCCUGCCACCAGCACUGCCCCCCGCUACCAGCACAACCCCUGCCAACAGCACUGCCCCCCGCUACCAGCACUACCCCUGCCAACAGCACUGCCCCCCGCUACCAGCACAACCCCUGCCAACAGCACUGCCCCCCGCUACCAGCACUACCCCUGCCACAGCACUGCCCCCCGCUACCAGCACUACCCCUGCCACCGCACUGCCCCCCGCUACCAGCACAACCCCUGCCACCGGCACUGCCCCCCGCUACCAGCACUACCCCUGCCAACAGCACUGCCCCCCGCUACCAGCACAACCCCUGCCACCAGCACUGCCCCCCGCUACCAGCACUACCCCUGCCAACGGCACUGCCCCCCGCUACCAGCACAACCCCUGCCAACCGCACUGCCCCCCGCUACCAGCACUACCCCUGCCAACAGCACUGCCCCCCGCUACCAGCACAACCCCUGCCACCGGCACUGCCCCCCGCUACCAGCACUACCCCUGCCAACAGCACUGCCCCCCGCUACCAGCACAACCCUGCCACCGCACUGCCCCCCGCUACCAGCACUACCCCUGCCACCGGCACUGCCCCCCGCUACCAGCACUACCCCUGCCAACGGCACUGCCCCCCGCUACCAGCACUACCCCUGCCAACAGCACUGCCCCCCGCUACCAGCACAACCCCUGCCACCGGCACUGGCCCCCGCUACCAGCACUACCCCUGCCACCGGCACUGCCCCCCGCUACCAGCACUACCCCUGCCAACAGCACUGCCCCCCGCUACCAGCACUACCCCUGCCACCGGCACUGCCCCCCGCUACCAGCACUACCCCUGCCAACAGCACUGCCCCCCGCUACCAGCACAACCCCUGCCACCGGCACUGCCCCCCGCUACCAGCACAACCCCUGCCAACAGCACUGCCCCCCGCUACCAGCACAACCCCUGCCACCGGCACUGCCCCCCGCUACCAGCACUACCCCUGCCACCGGCACUGCCCCCCGCUACCAGCACAACCCCUGCCACCGGCACUGCCCCCCGCUACCAGCACUACCCCUGCCAACGGCACUGCCCCCCGCUACCAGCACAACCCCUGCCACCGGCACUGCCCCCCGCUACCAGCACUACCCCUGCCACCGGCACUGCCCCCCGCUACCAGCACUACCCCUGCCAACAGCACUGCCCCCCGCUACCAGCACAACCCCGGCCACCGGCACUGCCCCCCGCUACCAGCACAACCCCUGCCACCGACACUGCCCCCUGCCACCAGCACUACCCCUGCAACCGGCACUGCCCCCCCGCCACCAGGCACCACCAGCACUGCAGCCUGCCACUGGAAGCUGCAUGCCUUCAGCUCCUGCAAGUAA